AUGGAAAGCUGUUCCCGGAAAUCUGAUACCCCGGUGCAAGAAAACCAACAAUGGAUGUCACAAUUGUGCGAAACAUUGUGGGAUAUACCUCUGUACGAUUUGUCAAUCCCAGGGAGCCAUGACACCAUGACUUAUUGUUUAGACAGAUAUUCACCACUUGAUUCCAGAUUCGCCAAAGUUGCUGCUAUUUUUAGGGAAAAUGUGCCUUCUCUAACACGCAAAAUAAUAUUACGAUGGAGUAUGACACAGACUUUAACUGUUGCUCAGCAGCUGGAUGCUGGUAUAAGAUACGUCGAUCUUCGAAUAGCUCACAGGCCUGACAUUCCUUCUCCAAACCUAUAUUUCAUACAUGGAUUGUAUACAUUUUUGACUGUAGAGGAAAUUCUAAAUGAGAUCUCAGACUGGAUGACAAAGAACCCAAAGGAGAUACUCAUCCUAGCAUGUCGUAACCUACAAUCGAUGUCCCCAGUACACCAUAUGCAUCUAAUUAGCUGCAUACAAAGGAUAUUUGGAUCCAGGUUAUGUCCAAAAUAUGAACCCCCUACACUAAGGAACAUGUGGAAAAAAGGAUUCCAAGUUAUUGUUUCUUAUGACAACAAUGUGGCAUUAAAAAAAGUAUACCUGUGGCCUUCUAUACCUUACUGGUGGGCAAAUACAACAAAUAAGCACUCGUUGAUUAGCUUCCUGGAGAAGAAAAAAGCACUCUGGACGACCAGAUGGAUUUUUUGUUGCUGGUCUUAAUUUGACAGAAAACACCUCAUAUGUCUUAAAACACCCACUGGGGUCCAUGAAGAAAUUAACAUUGCCUAAACUCCCAUUCUUGAACAAUUGGGUGCAGAUGCAACAUCCUGGAGUUAGCAAAGAUGCCACCAACAUCAUUGCAGAGGACCUCAUAGGCUCUGGCCAGUUUGUUUUUGAUGUUAUAGACCUCAAUCAGAAGCUGCUGUUGCAUAAAAACUGA